AUGGACACCCCAGAUCCCACCACUCAACCUUCAAGCCUGUUUUAUCUUCAUCUUGGAGAAAAUCCAGGUACUACUCUUAUUUCCCAAAUUCUCAAUGAAACUAACUACUCAUCUUGGAGCAGGAAUUUAAAAAGGGCUCUUCUCUCCAAAAACAAGAUCAAAUUCAUUGAUGGCAGUAUCAAGAAGACACCAAGAAAUGAUACUUUGUUUGAUGCUUGGGAAAGAUGUGACACCAUGGUUUUAUCUUGGAUCAUCAAGACCCUUUCACCCCAGAUUACAGAUAGUGUCAUCUAUGUUGACAAUGCAAAGAUUUGUGGGAAGAAAUUAAAGAAAUAUUUUCUAAAGGAGACUAUUUUAAGAUUUCAGAUUUAUUAUAGGAUAUACAUUUCAUUAAACAGGGAGAGUGAAAUAGUUACUCUCAAGUAUAGAGAAGUGGAGCACGUCAUAUGCUUCCGGAAGGGUUUAAAUGACACUUACCAAACUGUUAGAACCCAAAUCCUCUUGAUGGAGCCUCUGCCCAACAUCAACAAAGUUUUUUCUCUCCUCAUGCAGCAAGAACAUAAGGAAAGACCACAUCCUAGAGUUGUUCCUCAAACUGAGACCUUUAAGAUCCUGGCUAGCACUACUAACAAAGCCACUUGGAAGCCUCAAGGACGUGGCACUAGCUCACGUGGCCAAGGUAGAGGAAGAGGGAGAAAUCCCAAUUAUGGGAAACAAUGUUCCCGUUGUCACAAGAUGAAUCAUACAGUUGAUGAGUGUUAUUUCAAACAUGGUUACCUACCAUGGUACAAGAAAAUUGACAACAACAACACUCAAGACAUGGAAGGACAAAAUGAGUGGAGUUUUGCUAAUGUCUGCAAUGAUGAUUUUACCUCUACCCAGACACAGAAUGUUCAACAGGGACAUAACAAUAAUCCUAUGUAA